CUGCGGCGCUGGGGGGACAUGGGGGAGUUCUGCGAGGGGGCGUAUCCCCUGGUCCCCGAGCACCUAGAGGUCCGCUCCCUUCUGAACCCCGAGAAGCCCGGACUGCCCCAGGGCUACGCUCACAUGUGGAUCGACAUGUUCCCUGUGGACGUGCCCGCUCGUCCGCCCGUCAACAUCAAGCCCCGCCUCCCCAUAAGCUACGAGCUGCGUGUGAUCAUAUGGAACACGGAUGACGUGGUGCUGGACGAUGUCAACCCCUUCACCGGAGAGCUGUCUAGUGACAUUUACGUAAAAGGCUGGAUCAAAGGUUUGGAUGGGCAGCGUCAAGAGACGGACGUCCACUUCAACUCCCUGACCGGGGAGGGCAACUUCAACUGGCGCUUCGUUUUCCGCUUUGACUACCUGCCCACGGAGAAGGAGAUCACCUACAAGAAGAAGGAGUCCCUGUUCUCCCUGGAGGCGUCCGAAUUCCGCCAGCCCGCCGUCCUGGUGCUGCAGGUCUGGGACUACGACCGCAUCGGAGCCAACGACUUCCUGGGGUCCAUAGAGCUGCGUCUGAACGACAUGGUCCGGGCGGCCAAGACCUCGGGCCAGUGCAACGUGCGGAUGGCGAAGGACCGCGCCACGCCCCGCUUCUCCAUCUUCCGCAGCAAGCGCAUGAAGGGCUGGUGGCCCCUGAUCAAGCUCAAGAGCCAGGAGGACAUCGAGCGGGAGGAGCGCGAGGCCGAGGAGGCCAAGAAGAACAAGAACAAGAAGAAGAAGAAGAAGAGCAAGCGCAGCCAGAUGAAGCCGGAGGACCUGCAGUUCGUGGACGCCAGCGGGAACACUUAUCUCCUGAUGGGGAAGGUGGAGGCCGAGUUCCAGCUGGUGAUGGCUGAGGAGGCGGACAACAACCCCGUGGGCCUGGCGCGCAAAGAGCCCGAACCACUAGACAAACCCAAUCGUCCCAAGACCUCUUUCAACUGGUUCGUGAACCCGAUGAAAACCUUCAUCUUCUUCAUCUGGAAGAAAUACAAGAAGUACAUCAUCGCCCUGUUGGUGCUGGCGCUCUUGACCAUGUUCCUCGUCCUCAUCCUGUACACACUUCCUGGCCAGAUCAGCCAGCUGAUCGUCAACGGAUGAUCCUCGAGGGCAGCUGCUCUUUCAUUAUCUUUCUUUUUCAUUUUCACUCACUUCUUAAAUCUGCCUCUGGACAGUAGGUCAGCUGCGGUUCCUCGAUCAGAGAGCCUGCCAAAAUCCCCGGAGCACAAAAAGCAACAAUCAAACUUUUUUGCGUUCCUUUUCCAUGUGUUCUUACUGUGUAGUCGUUAUGAACAAAAGUGCAGGUUAUACAAAAUGUAUGUACUGGAAUCAUGCUGAGGUUCACUGUAUAGUUAUCGCUUUUUUAUUUGGUUUAUUAUAAUUGCUAAUGUAUUAAAAACUAACUAGGAAUAUUGGAAAUCUGCGCUGAAAGUCACUUGCAUUGUUAUUACAGACCCAUAGCGGUCUUUCUUGAGAAAUGACACAAUCUCGCGUUGUCGAGUAACGUGUAAAUGUAUUUCAAGGCAUCGUUUGACAAGUGCUGUGUGAUAACAGCAGAACAAGUGCAUACGGCUAUGUGCACUGUCAUGGUUGUUAUCAAAGCUUAUUAGCCUGUGUGAUUGGAUUUGUUGCCAUAUUAAUGUAAUCAUCUGAGGUGCAGGUGUUAAAUUUUAAGGAAACGUUUCUUCAGGAGAGGUAUAUCCUACAUGCCUAAAAUAUAUGUAUACACAAAACUCAUCCAUGUUCUUUUCUGUUCAGAGUAGUUUUAUACGAAAUAUGAAAUAUUUACAAAGACAUUAAAGGCAACUCAGUGAAAAGACUAUACAUGGUGAUCACUGUUUAAUUUUGUUUUAUUUUUGGAUGAUUAAUCAGUCCAAUAACAAAAAAUACUAUAAACUUAUUUUAUGAUUAAAUGCACCACACAUUGUGCACCUGCACUUUUGAAUGAAAGUGUGAGACCUGGGUCAAAUACCUAUUUGUUCUGGAUUCAAAUACUUUUCUACGCUUUACUGAUCUUGUCUGGUGUAUUGGAACCAAUGAAAUACUCUCAAAAAGUGCAAACCCCGCCUUCCGGUCAUAUUGACAGGCUCAGUUACACCAGGCAAGAUCAACAGAGCACAGAAAAGUAUUUGCAACCAAAACAAAUACAUAUUUGGCCCUGGUCUGGCUAACUGCGCUGCCGCUACAAAGGUCCUAUCCAGAACAUUAAUCUACAGAUGGCGAUUAAUCACAAUUUGUCUCUUUCCCUCACGUCAGUCUAUACAUGUGAAAGUCUGAUUUUACUCAGUGUACCUUCUCCAAGUUUUGGUCCAGUAUUUCUCUUGUUUUACACUUAUUGACCCAGUAUCAAGAACACAUCGUCCAAUCCCAGGUAUAUGUUGCUGAAGUCUUGCUGCAUGCACAGCUAGCAACCAAUUACAGAAAGCCAUUAUUGCCAGUUCUGUCACCUCACAGGUCAAGAAAAAGAAAUCCAUUU